AUGCGCCUAGGGCAGCAGGGACCUGGCGUCUGCUUCCUGGGAAUUGUGGAGGCUCUGACCCCUGGCCACCUGAAGAAGGCCAAGCUGAUGUUCUUCUUCGCUCGCUACCCCAGCUCCACUCUAUUGAAAACCUACUUCCCUGAUGUCCAGCCCUUCCUUGCUCCUCUGGUGCAUGUCCUUUCACAGUUCAACCGCUGCAUCAGUUCCCAGCUCAUCAAGUGGUUCAGCAACUUCCGUGAGUUUUACUAUAUCCAGAUGGAGAAGUUUGCCCGACAAGCCAUCUUGGAGGAAGUCACAGAUUCCAAACACCUGAUGGUUUCUCGGGACUCUGAGCUCUUCAGGACCCUCAACAUGCACUAUAACAAGGGGAAUGACUUUGAGGUCCCAGAUCGCUUCCUGGAGGUUGCUAGCAUGACCUUGCGGGAAUUCUUUAGUGCUGUCAGGGCAGGGAAGGACUCUGACCCCUCCUGGAAGAAACCCAUUUACAAAAUAAUUUCAAAACUGGACAGUGACAUCCCAGAUAUGUUUAAAUCUUUCCGCUGCCUCCAAGAACUAGUCCAGAGUUAAAUCUGCAAGGGAAGUGGCCUAAGACUAUGUUAUGCUGCAGCU